GCGGCCGGGAGGCGGAAGUGGAGGUGGUGGCGGCUCGGGGGGUGGCGUGAGGAGCUGCUGCGCUGAGGCGGCGGCAGCGGCGCUGAGGUGGUGGCGGCGCUGCCUGCCUCGGGCCGCCCGGCCUCUCGGCUCGACCCCCAGCCUCUCCUGAGCCCGCCGGGGCCCGCGCCGGCCAGCGCCUGCCCUAUGAGUGUGUCACUGGUUGUCAUCCGACUGGAGCUCGCGGAACACUCGCCCGUCCCCGCCGGCUUCGGCUUCAGCGCCGCGGCCGGGGAAAUGUCCGAUGCGGAGAUCAAAGAGAAGACACUAGCUUCAGCUGUAGCCUGUUUAGAAGGGAAGUCACCAGGGGAGAAAGCAGCAAUCAUACAUCAGCAUCUUGGCCGUCGAGAAAUGACAGACGUGAUCAUUGAGACCAUGAAGUCCAACCCAGAUGACCUGAAAGCUGCAAUGGAAGAAACAAAGUCUUCAGAAGCAUCCCCCACUGCACAGAAAAGUAAAGAUCAAAGUAAAGAAAGUGUAAAUACUGCUCCCGAUUCUCCAUCCAAACAGCUUCCAGACCAGAUUUCAUUCUUCAGUGGAAAUCCAUCAGUUGAAAUAGUUCAUGGUAUUAUGCAUCUAUAUAAGACAAAUAAGAUGACCUCCUUAAAAGAAGAUGUGAGGCGCAGUGCCAUGCUGUGUAUUCUCACAGUCCCUGCUACAAUGACCAGUCAUGACCUUAUGAAGUUUGUCGCCCCAUUUAAUGAAGUAAUUGAACAAAUGAAAAUCAUCAGAGACUCUACUCCAAAUCAAUAUAUGGUGCUGAUAAAGUUUAGUGCACAGGCUGAUGCAGAUAGUUUUUAUAUGGCAUGCAAUGGCCGCCAGUUCAACUCAAUAGAAGAUGAUGUUUGCCAGCUGGUCUAUGUGGAAAGGGCUGAAGUACUGAAAUCUGAAGAUGGUGCCAGUCUCCCUGUGAUGGAUCUGACCGAGCUCCCCAAGUGCACAGUGUGUCUGGAGCGCAUGGAUGAGUCCGUGAAUGGCAUCCUCACGACGUUAUGUAACCACAGCUUCCACAGUCAGUGUUUGCAGCGCUGGGAUGACACGACGUGCCCUGUUUGCCGGUACUGUCAAACUCCAGAGCCAGUAGAAGAAAAUAAGUGUUUUGAAUGUGGUGUUCAGGAAAACCUUUGGAUUUGCUUAAUAUGUGGCCACAUAGGAUGUGGACGAUAUGUAAGUCGACAUGCUUAUAAGCACUUUGAGGAAACCCAGCACACAUAUGCCAUGCAGCUCACCAACCAUCGAGUCUGGGACUAUGCUGGAGAUAAUUAUGUCCAUCGACUGGUUGCAAGUAAAACAGAUGGAAAAAUAGUACAGUAUGAAUGUGAGGGUGAUACUUGCCAGGAAGAGAAAAUAGAUGCCUUGCAGUUAGAGAAGUCCUACUAUGCCCUACUGUCAGAAGCCAUCUAUCCUUUCCCCGCAGUUACACAGCACUGUUCAUUCAUCCAUUAUUCAUAUUUACUAACAAGCCAGCUGGAAUCACAGCGAAUCUACUGGGAAAACAAGAUAGUUCGGAUAGAGAAGGACACAGCAGAAGAAAUUAACAAUAUGAAGACCAAAUUUAAAGAAACAAUUGAGAAAUGUGAUAAUCUGGAGCACAGACUAAAUGACCUUCUAAAAGAAAAGCAGUCUAUGGAAAGAAAGUGCACUCAACUAAACACAAAAGUAGCCAAACUCACCACAGAGCUCAAAGAGGAGCAGGAAAUGAACAAGUGUUUGCGAGCCAAUCAGGUCCUCCUGCAAAACAAGCUGAAGGAGGAGGAGAGGGUUUUGAAGGAGACCUGUGACCAGAAGGAUCUGCAGAUCACUGAGAUCCAGGAGCAGCUGCGUGAUGUCAUGUUCUACCUGGAGGCACAGCAGAAGAUCAACCACCUGCCUGCUGAGACCCGGCAGGAAAUCCAAGAGGGGCAGAUCAACAUUGCCAUGGCCUCAGCCUCAAGCCCCGCCUCUUCCGGGGGCAGUGGGAAACUGCCCUCCAGGAAGAGCCGCAGCAAGAGGGGCAAGUGACCUUUGCAGAAACAGGUGUCCCUGAGACUGUUUUCCCUGGCACGGCGAGGGUGUGCUGGGGCCUAAAUGUGAGGGUGGGCCCGAAAUAAGUACAAGUGAGGAUCAAGCUGCAGUUGUUUGGAUCUUUCAUUUGCUAGUGUUUGGUGUAAUGAAUGUAGAGGGUUGACAACUAGGAGAACUGAUGGAAAGGGGAAUGUUUUAAAUGGUGGCUGCUUUUUUCAACCUAAUAGUUCACUAACCUCAGACAUUCUAA